AAAUUUAAUUAUAAAAUAUUUUGUAUGUCAAGUAUUCGCCGAAAAGUAUUCAGUGAACGAAUUAUUUUUAAUUUUAUUAUGUAUUAAAUUCAUAUUACAAACAUUGCUAACUCCCCUAUUUCCAUAUUCUUUGUAGGAUAAAGAACAAAGGAUUCCUGGAUCCUGCCUGCACUUACCUGGGUCUACCGAUCUGCGAAAUUGAAACGGUUGAAACUGCCUUUCCGUUUCGGAACAUCGUAGAGUGAACGUCGUGAGCGAAUUGUAACGAUCCUCUUAGAAGAGCUUUUGAUUUCAAAGAAAACGUGUGACAUUUACCAACUUCCAUUCAUUGAAAUAUAUAUCAGGUUUUGAAAUAAAAUGUACCAUAAUUGUUGUGUACCUGGUUGUGACGAUAGAAAGUCCACACGCCAUCGGUUUCCAAAUCCUAUUAAGGAUGAGAAUCGAUUUAAACAAUGGUUACAAUUAGUUGGAAAUGAAAAGAUAUUAAAUAUGGACCCUGCAAGAGUAUUUCGAAAUUAUCGGGUUUGUCAUGAACAUUUCACACCAGAGGACAAAUCCAGUAAUUCAUUUUUAAAACGGACAACAAUACCUUCUAGAAACUUACCACAGAUUAUAAAACAAGAGCCAAGUACCUCAUGUAACCUGGAACUAGGUUUUCAGCACGAAGAAUUGGUAUCUUCAACGUCGAAAUCGUUCAACCCAGAUGAAACCGUUGUUCAAAAAUCGAGUACUGAUU